CCCCUUCGGCCGCGUUCGUCUUAAGAACUAAUUAUUUAACUGUCAAGUUGGUUCAGCCAUCCCAUUAUUUUAGUAAACAAAAGUUAUUGAAAUCAUUCAACGUGAAUUUUGUGUUAUUAAACGACAUUUACAAAGUAAACAAAAGAUAAGCGGCUUCCGUAGGGGAAUCCACGUAUAGUUAUUCGACUUGUGAUUGGGGAAAAAGCGUAUAACAUUCGAACAAGCAAAAUGAUUAACUACUCCGAUUACACGUUGAAACAAUUCUGUUGUGCCUUUGAUCUUAAGACUGGCACCAUCAUUAUUGCAGCGGCACAUUUUAUCAUCUUAAAUUCAAUAUUGUAUUCAUGGGACCAAUAUACCGGCGAAAAAAUAUUCUGGACGAUAGUUCAAGCCUUAUCAACAGUCGCAUUGUUUAUUGGAGUCAUUAAGAACAAUUAUUUACUGUACGUGCCGUGGAUCGUUGUGGUGUUUCCAUCGGCGGCUGCAAUUAUUGUCUUCCUAGCCUUCUUAGCUUUGGCGUUGUUCGCAUUUAUCGCCCCAUUGAUGGGAUUCUUGUACUGUUUCUGGUGUGUAUUCUCGGCAUUUGAUGAGGUCCGAAAAACUGAUGAGACCAGAUUGUCUUACGAUGAGCCGAUAGCAUGAUAGACUUACAGUUAAAAUAAAAUUACGUUGUGCCAAUACCAGCAAAAAAAAUAAUUGAUUAAAUAAUAAUUAAAA